GUUUGCGUACAAGGAGGGCGGGCCAGGGCUCCGAUGAGUCACCGGCCGGGCCAUAAAGCGUGCCACCCUCACGAAGAGGCUCCAGAAGCCAAGCAAGGCGGCGCUGAUUCGGAAGCGAUUGGACGAGAGUGAACCUUUCUUUCAGGGAGCCAAGGGAGUCCCGCUUUCGACCUGCCCACGCCUGGACCCUCUGCACGGCGCCCGACGGUUUGGGAAAUGCUGCUCCGCUGCGCCGUCCUCUUUGCCCUCCUUGCUUUGAGCCACGCUGUUAAUCCUUGCUGUUCAAAUCCAUGCCAUAACAGAGGAGUGUGCAUGACAACAGGUUUUGACACGUAUGUUUGUGACUGUACACGAACUGGAUAUUAUGGGGAAAACUGCACUACACCUGAAUUUUUGACUUGGCUAAAACUGAAAUUGAAGCCUACUCCUGACAUGGUCCACUACAUACUUACUCACUUCAAAGGUGUCUGGAAUAUCAUCAAUAACAUCCCAUUCCUUCACAGAGCCAUCAUGACAUACAUAUUGAUGUCAAGAUCCCACUUAAUAGAGAGUCCACCAACAUAUAACGGCCAUUACAGUUACAAAAGCUGGGAAGCCUAUUCAAACCUUUCAUACUACACUCGAAGUCUCCCACCAGUGGAACACAACUGCCCCACUCCAAUGGGUAUUAAAGGCAAAAAGGAGCUUCCAGAUUCCCAAAUCAUUGUGGAGAAAUUUUUGAUGAGGAGAAAAUUUAUACCUGACCCUCAAGGCACAAAUGUAAUGUUCACAUUCUUUGCCCAACAUUUCACCCACCAGUUCUUCAAAACGGAUCACCACAAAGGACCAGAGUUCACAAAAGGCCUUGGACAUGGGGUUGAUCUGAGUCACAUUUAUGGAGAGAAUUUAGACAGACAGAUGAAACUGAGAUUGCUUAAGGAUGGAAAACUCAAAUAUCAGAUGAUUGAUGGAGAAAUGUAUCCACCCACAGUGAAAGACACUCAGGCAGAAAUGAUCUAUCCACCCCAUAUCCCUGAGCACCUGAGAUUUUGUGUAGGACAAGAAGUUUUUGGUUUGGUUCCAGGACUGAUGAUGUAUGCGACAUUAUGGCUACGGGAACACAACCGGGUGUGUGAUGUUCUUAAAGGGGAGCAUCCGGAAUGGGAUGAUGAACAACUGUUCCAAACAACCAGGCUGAUCUUGAUAGGUGAAACCAUUAAAAUUGUGAUUGAAGACUAUGUACAGCAUUUAAGUGGCUAUCACUUCAAGCUGAAGUUCGAUCCAGAGCUGCUCUUUAGCCAACGAUUCCAGUAUCAGAACAGAAUAGCAGCAGAGUUCAACACUCUUUAUCACUGGCACCCUCUUCUGCCUGAUACUUUUAACAUUCAGGACCAAGAAUAUACUUAUCAGCAGUUUGUCUACAACAAUUCCAUUAUGCUGGACCAUGGCCUUUCUCACAUGGUACAAUCUUUCUCCAAGCAAACAGCUGGAAGGGUAGCUGGAGGCCGAAAUGUCCCAGUUGCAGUUCUGAAAGUGGCUAAAGCUUCUAUUGAUCAAAGCCGGCAAAUGAGGUACCGAUCCCUGAAUGAAUAUCGCAAACACUUCCUCCUGAAGCCUUUCCAGUCAUUUGAAGAACUUACAGGAGAGAAAGAAAUGGCCGCUGAACUUAAAGAACUUUAUGGAGACAUUGAUGCGAUGGAGCUUUAUCCAGCUCUUUUAGUAGAAAAACCACGUCCUGGAGCCAUCUUUGGUGAAACCAUGAUCGAACUUGGAGCACCGUUCUCCCUGAAAGGACUCAUGGGGAAUGCAAUUUGCUCUCCUGAGUACUGGAAACCGAGCACUUUUGGGGGCAAGGUGGGCUUUGAUAUUGUGAACACAGCUUCCCUCCAAAGACUUGUCUGCAAUAACGUGGCUGGCUGUCCUCUCACAGCGUUCCAUGUGUUGACCCAAGAAACAAUGGUAACAAGCAACAUCAGCACCACCAGCGCAUCAUUAGACGAAAUCAAUCCAGCAGUACUACUAAAAGAGCGGUCUGCAGAACUAUAGGAGCAACUAUUUGUGGUUUUCUUAUUUAUUUAUUUAUUUAUGUAUCUAUAUAUUAAUAAUUAUUUUAUUAUUAUAAUUUAUCCAUCAAGCCAAAAACUGGGGAUUUUUAUACCUUGGUUUCUACGCUUUGGUGACCAAAGUAACGGGAAGUUCUGCUCAUUUUUGCAGGACAGGAUCCCUUGGCAUGUGUGUUUUAAAAUAUAAUGUCUUCUGUACCAGAAAAAUGUAUUCCAAAAUGGAUAAAAGGCAUUCUGAUUGCUGCUUAAACAUGAACAACAGUUUUGUGGCAUUUAAAAACUUGAUUGUGUCAGGGAACCAUGUUAUGUGCCCUUUUCUGCAAUCCAUUUGCAGGAAAAUCAGUCAGCCCUCCAAAUGUUGUCAGAUUGCAGUUCCUAAUAGUCUUAGCCAAUGGUGAGGAAUGCUGGAAGAUGUCUUA